UGUCAGGCUUAUGUGUGUGUAUAUGAUACUCCGAACCUUUGAGCCAAAGCCACGGCACAUAGUUGUCAGUGUGUGAAUUGGAUUACCGGCAGCAACUCACCAGCUCAGCUGGUUCUAGUCAGUCAGUUGGUAACAGAGGUAACAAAGUCCCCGGCCCAGCACGGAUGGACACCCCAAGCGUCUGCAAACUCGGCUGUCGGAAGCGGAAGAAGGAAUUUGCGGGGCCCAACGGCAACAUCGAGGCCGACGUGACCCCAGUCAAGUUCCCCCGACCUACCCUGUCCCAGCCAGCCCCGUUUGGAGAUGAGAAUGGAGUGAGGAAUGACAAGGUGUACGAGCGGGUAACGCUGGAGGAAGCCCAGAUGGGAACGCCACUGGAUCGGCCGGUGAGAGUUUACGCAGACGGUAUCUUCGACCUGUUCCACUCAGGCCACGCUCGGGCACUGAUGCAGGCCAAGGGGCUGUUCCCCAACACCUACCUCAUCGUGGGAGUGUGUAACGAUGACCUGACCCACCAGUGUAAAGGUUUCACGGUGAUGAACGAGGCUGAACGUUACGACGCAGUGCGUCACUGUCGCUAUGUGGACGAGGUGCUGCGUAACGCGCCCUGGUCCCUGUCCCCGGAGUUCCUGCAGCGGCAUAGGAUUGACUUUGUGGCUCACGACGAUCUCCCCUACUCCUCGGCCGGCAGCGACGACGUUUACAAACACAUCAAAGAAGCAGGAAUGUUUGCACCAACCCAGAGGACAGAGGGUAUCUCCACGUCUGACAUCAUCACCAGGAUUGUGAGGGAUUACGACGUGUAUGUGCGCAGGAACCUGCAGCGUGGCUACACCGCCAAGGAACUCAACGUCAGCUUCAUCAACGAAAAGAAGUAUCACUUGCAGGAGCGAGUUGACAAAGUGAAACAGAAGGUAAAGAAUGUGGAGGAAAAGUCGAAGGAGUUUGUUCAGAAAGUCGAGGAGAAAAGCAUCGACCUGAUCCAGAAAUGGGAGGAGAAAUCCCGGGAAUUCAUCGGCAACUUCCUGGAGAUGUUUGGCCCUGAGGGAGCCCUGAAACACAUGUUGAAAGAGGGCAAAGGACGGAUGUUACAAGCCAUCACCCCAAAGCAGAGCCCCAGCAGCAGCCCAACCCGGGAGCGCUCCCCCUCACCCACCUUCCGCUGGCCCUUCUCAAAGACGUCCCCCCCCGCCUCCCCCCAGCCAGACUCCUGCGGCCGAACAUACGACAUCAGCGACGACGACUCCGAAUAACAUCCAUGCCCGUUCUCUGCCAGCCGCGGGCGGGCAGGUGGGCGGGAGAGGAGAGGAGACAGAGGAGAGAGGGGCAAAGUGGGGGUGAGUGGGCAGAGGGUGACAGGUAUUUGCAGAAUGGGAGUUAAACUUCAGGUGGACUUUGGAGUAAAAAAAAGGUUACAAAAAAAAAAGAAACAAAUCACUUUCCAUAGGAAAUGCUUUUGCAAACGAUGUAACUGUUUUUUUUCUUUUAGCGAAUUAAACUAAUUAAAACUCGAUGGCGCUUUCCCACAGGCAGGGCCUGGGACAGCUGUGGAGUGGAGUGGGGGGGUGUUAGAGAGAGAGAGGGAGGGGAGGGGGCUGGGACAGAUGUGGAGGCGGUAGACUGAGGGUGAGGAGUGGUCUGAGAGCUAACUCAGCAUUGCCUGUGUGUGUAUGUAUGACAGACGAGGGCAGGGGCGGUGGU